AUGGGCCGCCCGCCAGCCUCGGGACAAGCUGGCUUUCCGAAAGUGCCGAUGAAAGAGCCUCCCAGCACCCCCUUCAAGAAGGGAGUGAAGAGCCAACCCGAUGCUGAUAUCAACAUGAGCCCGCCUGUGCCAAAGGCCUCCGCAAAACCUCCGAGCCCAGCCAAGGAUGUGCACAUGUCGGGCUCUACGCCAAUCCCUGCCAAAGGCACACCCAUGAAGCCAGGCUACACACCCCUCAGCACUUCCUCGAUCCGCAGGCCGGACAGCCUCACCACGGUGGCUCGCUCAACAAGCACUUUGGUGCUGGGGGAUUUUCCGGAGGCACACGAGGACCCCUCGACAAGUGUCCGGAGGUUGAUCUUCGAGGGCUACUAUGGGAUGCCGUGUCAGGACAAGCAGUGGCCCUCUCUUGAAGAAGUGAUUCGUGUCAAAGAUGCUGCUGCGAUGAUGUCGUGGAUGCAGGAUGCCUUGCCUCGGCAUCCGAAGCAAGGUGUUGUAUUGAUGGAUGAUUGCAGGAGCGACUUGCUUCUGGAUCCCAAGGGCUUGCCGUGGAAUCUGCAACUGAUCAAUGCAGCUUGGAAUGAGGUUGGUUUGUUCGAGCUUCUGAAGGACAAAAGCAAAACCAUGACGGAGGCAGUCCACAACCAAUCCGAGCACAUGAUCCACAAGCUUCGGCAACAGCUGGACAGCGGCGACUUGACCGAGGACCAAUUGCACCGACGUGCUACAGCCACGGAGCAGUGGAGGGCCAAGAAGAUUGCAGAGAUCCAAAGUCACCUGGACCGAAAGGAGAUGGCUGCACUCGUGGCCAUCGACAAAGCAGUCGUCUGCUUUGAAGGCCUAUGGGGGCUGUUCCGGGACUUUGGUCACCUGGGGGAUAUUCCGGUAGAGGACGACGAGGUGCUCUUCAUGAACGAGCUGGAGGAAUCUAUGGCUAACUUCUCUCUAGAGGCCUGGGAGCCAUCCACGCUCCCGCUGCCGGAGACCUUGGUGGAGGAGCAGGAAACCGCUCAGCAAGGAGUGGAGUCGGAGCCAGGGGUCCCCAACGAAGCGGAAGCCAUGGAGGGAACAGAGCAGGAAGCCGAGCAGCAAGGAUUGGAUUCGAAGCCAGGGGUCCCGGACAAAUCAGAAGCCACACAGGGAACAGGCAGCCAGGAAGCCAAGCAGCAAGGAGUGGAUUCGAAGCCAGGGGUUUUGGACGAAGCAGAAGCCACGCAAAGAUCAGACCCAGGGGUCCAGAGCCAAACACAAGCCGUGGAGGGAACAAGCCAGGAAGCCGAGCAGCAAGGAUUGGAUUCGAAGCCAGGGGUCCCGAACAAAGCAGAAGCCACACAGGGAACAGGCAAUCAGCAGGAUCCAGCAGGGCUCCAGUUGGCCACCGGCCCCAGCAAGACGCAGCAAAGAACGGAUGCCGUUUUCGCAGCUUUGGAGAAGCCCAACUGUUUCGACUUGAAGGAAGCAACGCUAACCCAGAAGGAAGGCGAAUCCCAGGAGCAGUGGAUGACGAGGGUGGCUCACAAUGUUUUCAUGAAGUUCCACAGGACCACCAUGGCCCAUGGCCUCGAGAUUGCCAUGCCGAGCGGCUCCGGUGCCGCUGCAAGCGGAUCCGGCGACGGUGCUGGCAUCCAGCGCCGGCCGUCGUCGAUGGCCUUGCCAAUGGCUCUUGGUGAUCAGGAGGCAGGCUCGACCCUUGCACCCCCGGGGGAAGCCAUGGACAAGAAGAAGAAGGUUGCCCUGACGAACCAGUCUAAGAACAAGAUUGCCCUGGCUUCUUCAAAGAUAGACGAGGCGAAGGUGCUGCAGGAGGAGGUCGCCCAGAACGAGGAGAUGUCGCAGCCGAUCCGCGAUGGCUUCCUGAAGGAUCUGCAGAACCACAGCCAGUGCCUUCAGCAGACCAAGGACAAGCUGAGCACUGAGGUGGAGAAGGGCUCGGGUGAUCGGCUUCAGGAGCUCUUAGAUGUUCUCAAUCAAAAGAUUACCAACUACGUGCAGUCGACGAAUGCGAUGAAGAAGAUGUCGGCCGCCAGAUAG